GGAGGGAGGGCUCCUUCCUCCCUCCAGUCAGCAGGUUGGGUGGAGUUGCGGCUCUUUACUGGAGCCGCUGAGCCGCGCCGCGUUUGGCCCCAUUACGCACAACGAAUCCUGGAGGAAGGAGCGCGGGACGGACUUUAUAUCCUCUCUCCUUUUUUUUUUUAAAUCACCACGCGGUUUAUUUAAACAGAAAUUAACAAAUUAUGACGAAUUUAGUGAUGGAGUUGUUGAAGAACUGUUAGGCUCUGAUUGAGAGGAGACCCGAUGGUCGUUCCCAGUGAGGCCCAGCGCACUCCCGGUCGCCUCCGAGAACCAGUCGGGAAGAGGGUCCUGCCCUCCAUGAGAUGUCCAGAGGCCAGCUGACCUCUGACCGAGUCGACAUGGACGUCCGUCUGCAGGCCAGUUCUCAGCUCCGCUUCAGCGUCAACGGAGGUGCCCGCAGAAACUCAAGGCCCAGUGAGGACGAGGCCCUGCUGUUCCUCAGCCGGGAGGAGCAGGAAUGCAUCCUGUUCUUCGAGGAAACCAUCGACUCCCUAGAGGAGAGCCUGGUGGUGGAGGAGGAGCAGAGGAAGCAGGAGGCGGCGCCGGCCCUGGCGAGCGCCCCUGUCGCAGAGGUAGACGGAUUCCCCUUCCUGCCCUCGGUGGUGAACCCUGGCCCCACCGCCUCGGCGCCACUCCCAGACAGGGCCUCCACUCCCAAAGACCAGGACAUCAUAGACCUGGUCCAACCAGGACCGGACCUGCUCCAGAGUAAGGAGACAGCCUUCGACCCCAUUAUGCCAGAUUUUCAGAGCAUGGCGGUAACCCCCGACAACCACUUUGAGAUGAGGCCGAGACGUGACCCCGCGGACGGCUUGCCUUCGGAGUACAGCCCUGCUUUACCAAGCAGCGGUUACGGCUCUGCAGACGGCCAGCCCUCCUACCACCCUCCGGGCUGCAUCCCCACCCCCGUCCUCAUUGCCCAGAAACUAGCGGAGAACCAGGGGAGUGCAGCAUCCGGUUUCUGUUCUUCCUCUUCUCUCCGCCGCAGGAGCCUGGAGUCUGAUAAACCGGCAAACUACACCCCCGACCACCCAGCCAAACACGGGCCACCCACCUCCGUGAAGCCCACCUGCUUCCCUUACAAUAUCAGCGUGAUCCAUGGCAGCAAAGAGCACCACAGCCAAACGCUGGCCAACGUGAGCAUCGAGGAGCGCCGGGCACAAAUGCUGGCUAACCUGAUGGGGACAGCGCACCCCUUCGAGCAGGAGGUGUCUUACCAAGCGGCACCGCAAAAGGUGCGGAACAUUCCCACCCGCAGCGUGUCUUUCAGGGAUCCCAUGCCGGACAAAUCCAGGAUCGAGGCCCUGUCGAAGCUGGGCCUGACGAGGAACCGCGCCAUGUCCGGCGGCACGUCUCUCCUCAUCAGCCCCGGCGGGGCCACCACACCCCCCGCUACCGAUAUGGAAACCGGCACUAAACCCGCCAAGACCGAGGUUCUUGAUCCAAACCCUGACAGGAAACCAGAGACGGUACAAAUACACCUUGCCAACUCUCCUGGAGAUAAACCAAACCAGGCCAACCCCUCGCUUCAGGGAACAGCUAUGCAUGGCAGCUACCAUCCACCUCCAUUCGAAGGCAAGCAACCCGUUGCUCCUCCACCUGAGGUUGGCUCUUUGGACUUCAACAGCUAUGGAGGGAAAACCCUUGUGGUCAACGCCUCCGCUUCCUCCAAGAGUGAGCCUUUGGCCUCUGGAAGCAGCCACAGCAGAAACAACAACCCCCCCUCCCCGCUGUCCAGCCCCAUUGACUACAAUAGCUACGGAGGUAAGACCAAAGUCAUCACCUCUGCCCACGCACCAGCGUCUAGGUGUGACCUCCCAGACAUCCUCAGCUCUCACAUUGACAAGAGUAGAAGUUUCCCACCUCUGGCCAAACCGGACACAGCAGUGCCCUUCGAGCUCAACAGCUACAGGGGGAAAACCCAGACCAUAACUCCCUCCGCCAGCUCGGCCCCAGCUUUGAACAGCCCGGCGAAGACGCCCAAAGCCCCCGUGCCUAUCCCUGCUCCCAAACCCGCACGCCAGCACGCUUCCUUCAGCUAUCCCAAAGCAGCAGCAGCGGCGCAGCUACCAUCCCCAGAGCCCAGGCGGAGGUCCACCUCCAAACCCUCCCUGUUCCGGUCCCAGGGGGUCACGGUGCAGUUUUCGGGCAAAGGGGCAACGGACGAGUCACGCCGGGAAGCGCUGAGGAAGCUGGGGCUACUGAAAGACACCUGUUGAACUGAGGGGAGCUGGUUUUUAGAAGCUUCUGUGGGAGAUGGGUCAGUAGAUGCACGUGUUUACAGCAGAAGGGUGUCAGCUCCUGUGUGUCACCUGCAUAGCCAGGUGUCAGUCACUGGGGGCCUGUCUGUCACCGGGGGCCUGUCUGUUCCCAAGUUUUAGCAGAGGACCUAAAACAACAACAUCCUUACAUCGCUUCUUGAACCAACACUGUAUACCUCCACAUACGCUUGCUAACCAAACUGACCAUGUAUAAAGGCCCGUUCUUCUUUCCGGGACUCGGAUAUCUUCCAUCUCUGUGUUGUCUUGUAGGUUCCUCCAGUUUCUCCAGUUACUUCCUUGUUAGCAGCUAUCAGCAUGGCUCUUGUUUGGUUACGAUAAACAGACUGUGAAGUUUACUUCUGGCCAUGUUACCUGAGAACGUGUGACCUCCUGUCGUGUUUACUGACUCGCCCGCUGUUGCUCCGCAGGGCGUUGUUGUCAGUAAAUGCAAAUAGUGUGUUUUUAUUCUGUCCUAGGGGCUCUGCACUUGCGAGCAAGAACACAAGAGCACGGUUAAAGGCACUUUUAACGGUAAUCCUUUUUUUUUUGUUUUCCCCACCCGCCUCCCCCCAACUGUAUCCGGCCAAUUACCCCACCCUUCCGAGCCGUCCCGGUCGCUGCUCCACUCGCCUCUGCCGAUCCGGGGAGGGCUGCAGACUACCGCGUGUCUCCUCCGAUUCAUGUGGAGUCGCCAGCCGCUUCUUUUCACCUGACAGUGAGGAGCUUCGCCAGGGGGACGGACGUAACGCGUAGGAGGAUCACGCUAUUCUCCCCCCAGUUCCCCCUCCCCCCGAACAAGAGGAGGGGGUGGGGGGGGAGGCGCUAGUGCAGCGACCGGGACACAUCACGGCCAAUAGUGUCUGUAAGGGACGCCCGACCAAGCCGGAGGUAACACGGGGAUUCGAACUAGCGAUCCCCGUGUUGGUAGGCAACGGGAUGGACCGCCACGCCACCCGGACCCCCCUUCAAUGGUAGUCUCGACAGCGUUUGAAUAACGUGCAGUGAUCAAGUGGUUAGAGUUGAUCACGUGACUCCAGACGUUUGGUCAUGUGGGUCUGUAAGCUUCUAUCUACAGUAGCACGCGCUGGGUUUUCCCUCGGGCGGCGGAAGUAAACGACUCCCAAGUCGUCACGUGUCAGCCUCCAGCGUUCCUUUGUCUCUUGACCUGCCCGGAACCGUAACGAACGUUAAGACCGGGACUCAGCCCGCAUGUCCUCGAUACGGACGUCCUAUAAGAAGCCGGAGAAAGCGGCUCGGACCGGAGGCAGGAGGAGGUGGGGCUCGGCCGCCUCCCGAGCUGGCUGGGGAUAUUUA